GUAUAUAAGAGCCGGGAACAGGUGAAUGCAUAGUCAGUCACUCGUGGUUACUCGUGUUCGUAGCACUCGUACGCUCCUAUCCCGGAAUUGACAUAUCCAAAAUGGUCAAUUACAAGCUUACUUACUUCAAUGGCACCGGCUUGGCCGAGCCCAUCAGGUUCCUCUUGCACCAGAGCGGUAUCAAGUUCGAGGACAAGAGGGUCGAACACGAACAAGAAUGGCCCAAAAUUAAACCCACCGUGCCAUUGGGUCAACUACCCGUUCUGGAGAUCGAUGGAAAACCCUUUGUUCAAUCGAAGGCUAUCGCUCGUUUGAUUGCAAGGAAGAACAAUCUUUAUGGUGCUAACGAAGUCGAAGCGUACGAAAUCGAUGCCACCAUCGACCUCGUUGAGGACUUGAGAUUAGUUGUGGGUAGGUGGAAUUGGGAAGAAAAUCCUGAACAAAAAGAGAAAUUGAAGGCCCCUGUCGAUACCAAACUUCCCUUCACCCUUGAAAAGCUCGAUGAGCAGUUAAAGAAGAACGGAGGAUUCUUCGUUGGUGGAAAGCUUUCGUGGGCAGAUCUCCAUGUCACUGCGCAAUUGGACAUGUUUGGCAACAUAAUGAAGACUGAAGUUGAAAAAGACUAUCCUGAAUUGAAGAAGCUGGUGGCGAAGGUCAGGUCGCUGCCAAAAAUCAAAGCGUACCUCGAUAAUCGUCCUAAAGGAUUGUUCUGAACAUAAACUUAUCACACAAUAAAUUCUUAAUGGAUUAUAUGACUCGGCACGAUUCAUGGAAAUUUCAUUAUUCCAUUAUAGUUCGUUCGCACAUGUCUCAUCAAACUUCAUUUCAUUCGAUAUAAUUGUUUGUAUUAGAUGCGUGUAUGGUUGAUAACGAUUGUAUACGAUGCAAGAAUGAAAAUAAAUAAUUAUAUUUCUGCAAAAUUA